AUGGACAGCUUGGCCAUGCAUUGUUGUGGAGACAUGGUGGACGGAUUGUCGGCUGAAACAGCAACUUCUCCCACUCUCGUCGACUUUGCAAAGCAAGGGAGUCAGCUUCUUGAAAAUUACUCGUCUUUCAAUUCACCCGGUGUGAAAUUGCCGACGGAGAGCUCAGGACAACGCCCAGAUGCAACAUACCGCGAGACUUUGGUGACCCCAGAAGGAUUUGUUCAAAUGGAGUCCGAUUCGCCCAAACCAGUUUCAAUAUCAACUGAACCUAGUGACCCCCUGGACCUCUCAACCAAGCCCCUGACAGUUGAUCCUGCGUACCCCCUUUCUUCCCUUGUGAAUGCCGCCCAGUUUGACCAAGUAGAAAAAUCAAUGCAGGAAGCCGAGAAAUUUUUGAAUACAAUGUUGAAUCUUCUUGCUGGCCCGGCAGAUCUCGGCACAACUCCAGAAAACACAGUAGAAACUGUGGAUCCGAGGAGACUGUGCACAAGCUUACCAACCGGGACAGCAGCACCCCUGCCUGAUUCAUCAUUUUCUCCAGUCUUCCGACACCUCCUUUGCCUGCCGGAACCGCAGGCUCUGGAGUCUAUUCGGGCUCCCACACCGCAAACCAGACGGCUCGCCGAACGAUGCAACAGCCUCGCGUCGGCCAUCGGUCGAAACAAACGCAAGCUACGACAGCUCCAACGGAUCAGGUCACGAAGGGGAUCUGUCGACGGAAUUGCAAUACCACGAGCUGUUCAGUCACAACGAACGCAACAACUAUUAAACUCGUAUUCUGAUCCCAACACGUGCUCUCUCUCUCUCCUCAGUUUUGUCUUUGACCAGAAGGGAAGUGAGACAAAACAGACCGAGCUUCCUUCCACGGAUUAUUCGCAGUCCCCUCUUAGUGUCGAUACAGAGAGCUUUCUAGACCCGACAACAAUAUACCCGCUUUCGGACUCUGGACCACUCACUUGGACGAGUUCGCCACCACCACCACCACCACCACCACCACCACCUCCAAUUAGACCAGGCUCAAAGCGGACGCGCUCAUUCAGUUUCCCGAAACGUCCCCCUCCAGCCAGAUCGCCACCCACCGACAGACAGAAGCAGUCACCGAAAUCGAAAAGACCCCUCACCUCCCGAACCUGGACCCCAAAACGAAGACACUCCGAAGCCUGCCAAAGAUAUCAUCAGCCUGAUCGUAAUUCCCGUGGUAGUAGUCAAUUCCAUCAACACUCCGACUCGAUCGAUUCACUGAGAGCCACUGUGGAUGAGCCCGCGCCUACACUUCGGUUGCACGAACCGCUGAAUGUCCACGUGAACUCGCCUUCCGAAGACGGGACAGACUUCGGUGGCCUCACUGGACUUCACUCUAACAAGACAACUGCAUCCGUUUCCCCUUCCACAUCGUCAUUAGCAACCAUUGACACGUCAGUCUCCCCCCACCAUCGGCAACAAAGGCAACCACAUCAACGACAGCGUCAGAAUUCAUCCAAUCAUCUGAUAGUCCCGCCAGUAUGGCAUAGUGCAGGCAUUGACGAGGAAGAUGCAGAAGGGGAUGAACUUCAAAGGCCUCCUACUCCCGACCUUCGCCGCAUCGACCUUGAUCUUACAGAUCUCUCUGACGGACUGCGAAUUCUUAUUGUCGAAGAUACGCAUCUGCGAGCCGGCACCCUCUACUUCGAAGACACCUCGUUGCCAUAUUCCUCCAAGCUAAACAGCUGCGAGAUCUCACGCACACGUGGCUGCCUUAUUCGGCUGGACCAGAUGGAAAAAGUCGAGUCGCCCCCGACACCGACCUCCCUUCCAAGACUCAACCCCAAUUUUCUCGCUUCUAGCGGAAAGCGUCGAAGAUUGGGUGAGAUUCGUCUUGAAGCCUGGCAGGUUAUUCAACAGGCAGUUCUCGAAGUCGUUCCUGCAUCGCCUAGGCAACUUCCUCCAGGCACACGUGUUUGUGCGGCUUGGAGCAGUACGCUAGCUAAUAACCUGUAUCCAGGUUUUAUAUCUGAGGCCAAUGCAAACAGGCCACCGCUAGCGAAGGGGUGCCUGCCAAUAGACUUCGACGAUGGGGACCAUGCGGAAGUGCCUCUGCACCGAAUCCGAAUGCUCCCGGAUCAUUUUGCAAACCUCACGGAAUUGGUUGGAGCCACGACAGCUAAUUCCAAUCCGGGUGUCAAGCCAGCCACAAGUCCGACAAUAUUUGGGGUUGCGCAGCAGGUGCAUUCGUCGCCUGUCUACCCCGCGUCGAUAAAAGUCAAAAGAAGGGAGUCGACCUCGAAAAGGCUUCAUCUUGCUAAUGGAGGCGAAAACGACUGGUUAGGGGAUUGGCAAGAGCGCAAAGAAAGUAUCCAGAACGUGAAAGAACCGCUUGAAAUUAUCUGGAAGCCUCGUGGAAAGCUACGAAGGAAACACAACGGAAUGCCGUGUUAUAAAUCAUUAAAGAGAAACAAGGAUGGCCUUAUCGUGACACUUGGUGAUGUUGUAAAAUUCAAUUCCGGUGGAAACGGACAAGCCUACCUGGGUGAAGUGAAAUUGAUCUGUGUACCUCGGCAUGGCGAACUUUCUCCGCUCGUAUACGCCUCGUGGUUCUACUGCCCCCAAGAGGCUGGGGAGGACGGAAAGAGAGUGGCCGGUUGCGAAGGCGCUGUUUUCCUGACCGAUCACGUGGAUGACAAUGAAGCCAAUUGCAUCAUUGGUCGGGUUCAAAUAGCACGCAACUAUUCUGAGUUCCGAUUAGCCAGGCAAAGAAUCAAUGAAUCAAGUAGCUUGAAGGAUGAGAACAAAGAAUGCCAUGCUUCGGACAGACAGGUCUUGCUCCCUGAUGAUGACCUGACCUCCCUCUCCGGAAGCAGUGGCAAUGACUCGGGCUCUGACGAGGCACUACCAGCCUACUUCGUUGCCGGCAAGUUUGAUCCUCUUGCUCGUCGUGUUAUCACUUGGGACCCCGACUUAUCGGCUGAACUGCAUUUGAAAACACCACCGGCAUCACCAGAUGUUCAGUGA